AUGGCGCCCAGAAUCGCAGAUGACCAGCAAACAAGACUGUCAAUGGGCACACCAAUGAAGUCAAGUGCCGGAAGUGCGUUGCAGUCCUUAAUGAGCAAGGGAGCUAAGUCAAACUCCCCAAGUCCAAGUGGGAGUCCCAAAAUGCAAGGUGGUGAGACCGGCAACAGGCCCAAAGUGGCCACGGACCAAAAAACUGUCGUAUCCAGUGCGACACAACUCAAAGCAACUUCAAAGGCUGGUGCCUUGCUGUCCUCUUUGGUGACCAGCCCAAAGGCAAAGGCAGCUCCCAAGGAGGCGGAAUCUGCAAGGCCAACGCACAGCGACCGAGCUCUGGAAGAAGCCGAGGCAAAGGUUCCUCUGCUGGGAUCUGGCGAUGGAGCUGUUGGACUGGUCGCGAGCACGCAGGCUUCACCCACCCAAUGGCCUGCAAGUCAAAGUGUGGAAGCUCCGCAUUCAGAUUGCUCCCGCGCUCUUUCUGUGGCUGGCGCCAUUUGUCUUUUGCUCCUUGUGGUUGUAGUGGCAGGGAUCGUGUUUCUGGUCAAGCCACAAGCACACCCACACCAUACUCAGGGCAGCUUGCGCAAAGAAGGACAUGAGGCAGCGUCAACAUCUCAACGACCUGUGGUCUCGACACGAAGCGAGGCUCCACGUGAAACCAAACCUACGGCGAAAGAAGCUGUGAUCAAAGAUCAGGAUCAGGUGAGAGAUUCCCGCAGCUCAACCACUACAUCAUCUCUUUGGGGUGAGAAGGAAAAUGAAAGAGCAGAGCUCCAGCGAAACGAGCAUAUCGAGAGCCAGAAUUCUCAGGCUGCGGAAGCCUUCGACAAGGCAGUCGCUCCGUUGAUUGCAGAUAUUGGCGAGGCAAAGCAUGCCCUCAGCGAAGGCUAUGAUUGUGAGGAUGAGAAGGGGCUCCGUGCCAAUGAGUGGUCAUCGGAGCACAUUGAGUAUUGCUGUGUGAACAACGACGUCGGAUGUGAUGCCCUGCCUUCGGCCAACUGCGACAGCCCUGAAGCGAUCACAGACUGGACUGGUUGGACAGAAUCCUGCAACGAGUGUGGAGGGGGACGCAAGUAUCGGUAUCGCAGGUGGCGGCCCGCUUUCAGACACUGUGAUGCCGCAAAUUUGCCAAGGCAUGUCCACUUCAGAGAUGAAGAACCUUGCCACGAGGUUGAUGUCAAUAAGUUUGUGUUGGAAUGGUCACACUGGGGACAAUGCAGUGUGAGCUGCGGCUACGGCUAUCGCGAACGGGUUCGAGAGAUGACGAAGCUGGCCUUUCAAUGCCAUUUGGAUGGAGCAUUUCCCUUGAAGGGGACAGUGCCAUGUGAACGACCGCCGUGCAUGCACAGCCAAUGA